AUGUCGGCAAAUGUGCAUGGGUUGUUGCAGGGUGGGGUUGCGAGUGGGGAGGUUAGGUUGAGUCCCGGAAAGGUGAAGGGGAAGGAGUUACAGACGGCUGUUGAGGAGAGUGACAGUGAUGAUCGUAUGUUCAUAACCUACAACACAACUCGACUCAUUCUGAAGUAA